AUGGACCAAAGCCAACAGCCGGGGAGCUUAAGCUGGAAACUCAGCUCUCACCCCAUUACAUUGUUAUGUUUUCUUGGCUUCCGGAUCGCUUCUCUUCUAGUGUAUUUAUUUGGUUUAAUUUUUACACAAAACUUUGUACUUAUCUUUAUUGUUACCAUCUUACUUCUCGCCGCCGACUUUUAUUACCUCAAAAACAUCGCUGGGAGACGCCUAGUCGGCCUUCGCUGGUGGAAUGAAGUAAACACGCAAACUGGAGAUUCACAUUGGGUUUUUGAAAGCGCUGAUCCUGCUACUAAAGUGAUAAAUGCAACAGAUAGUCGGUUCUUUUGGAUAGCUCUAUACACACAACCUAUACUUUGGAUCGCCCUUGCUUUCCUAGCUAUAUUCAGUUUUGAAUUUAUAUGGCUCACUCUGGUCGUAAUCGCGCUUUGCUUAGCCUUCACGAAUACGCUGGCAUUUUCUAGGUGUGAUAAAUUCAGCCAAGCAUCCAACAUUGCGGGCAGCGCGAUGCUAUCAAGCGGAUUUGCAGGAAAUAUAGCGGGCGGCAUGUUUGGUAGAUUGUUUUCGCGUAACUAA